AUGGCCGCGACGGCGAUGGAGAAGGGUAAGGAGAAAGAGAAGGGGAAGGGGAAGGAGAAGGAGGGGGAGAGCGGCAUCAAGUUCGGGCAGCAAUUCGCCAGGGUGUUCUUUCCGCACCUAUACGGGGAGAGAUUGAGAAUUCCAGCAUCAUUCAACCAGUACCUUCAGAAUCAGCCUACUGGAGUGGUUUACCUAAAAGGUCAAAGUGGGAACACAUGGCUUGCAGAACUGGCUUCAGACAAUGAAGGGUUGUUCUUUGUGAAGGGAUGGAAGGAAUUUGUGAGAGAUCACUCGAUUGGGACGGGUCACUUUUUAACAUUUCGUUAUGAUGGACACUCACAGUUCUCAGUAACUAUAUUUGAUGCAAUGUGCAUUGAGAAGCCCUCGGCUUUCCACGCUAAGCCUUGCAAGCAUAUGGUCGUUAAACUAGAAGUUAGUGAAGGGGACAUUGACAUGAAUGCAGCUGGCCCAUCACAAGUAGUGGCCUCUCCCCUGGAGGCGAGUGAUAAAACCACAAGGAAGAGGGUUACAGAAUUGGAUGCAAAUGGCUCUACAUCGAAGAAGUGUUGUAGUGUCUUGGAAAACUGUAGGCCUGAAACUUCGGUCGUAGCUUGUAAGGAAACACUAACUAGCGUUAACAUGGACAUGGAUUCAGCUUACCCACAAGAAAGAGUGGUUGUCCCCCUUGAGGAGAGCAACAGAACCACAAGGAAGAGGAUUAGAGAAAUGGAUGCAAAUGACUUUGAAUUGCAGAAGUUGUCUAUCUCUUCAGACAAGGGUAAGAAAAAGUGUCCUGGAGCUUCAGUUGGUACUUACAAGUCGGCAUCAAGCCUUAACAGUACCGAAGAUUCUGAUUCCUCAAGCAGCAUGUUAGAACAAAGUAUUUCUUCGAUCAAGUCUGAAUUGUCACCACCCAUGCGGCUCAGAAUGAAUAAGGAUGCAGCUAGAUGUGGUAAAUAUAGCGCUUCAGGUCAAAGACAACUGAAAGUAAUAUCGCAAAGGCCAGUGGUAACUGAAGAACAGAAGAACCAGGCUUUGCAAAGGGCAAAGAAAUUUGAAUCCAAGAAUCCGUUCGGUCUCCAGAUAAUGAAGGAGUCUUAUGUAUAUGUGGGGUUUUUCUUGACUAUCCCUAGUGAAUUUGCAAGGGAAUGUCUUCCACGUGCCAACAGGAAGAUAAAACUGUGGGAUCCACAAGGAAAGUCUUGGGAUGUUAACUAUGUCUAUAACAGCCAGCGUUCUGUAGGCGCUUUCAGCGGUGGCUGGGGCAAGUUUGCUGUAGGCAAUAAUCUGGAGACGUUUGACAUCUGUGUCUUCGAGCUCAUCUCGAAGGACAACAUAAAAGUACACAUCUACAGAGUUGUCCCAGAAAUAACUCCAUUCCUCCCCGGUCCUGGCCGGAAAUAACAGUCAUGUGGACAUGUUGAGGGAGUGUUCUCUUCCAUCAUUUAGAAAAGAUGUCAGGGGUCUGUCUGCAAUUUCAGUGAUUUGGGGCUCUAGUAGGCAAUGAGUAGACAUUAUAGAGAUAUUGGUGAUAUUUUAUUUUAAAAAUAAGUGAGUCGCUAAUAAAAUUAGCUGUGGUCUUAUUGGAUUGUUCAAGAAUAAUCUAGUACUAGCAUUGCUGCCAUUGUAAUUCCAUAUUAUUUGAAAAAAUUUAUUCUAUUAUAGUUUUUA